GAGAACUUCGGAUAUGGGAAUCUGUUGGGGAGAGAGAGAGAGAGAGGGGGAGAAUGGAGUAGAGAGCUGCAGGUGCAAAUUAGAAUGUGAAUUUCCUACCGUAGUUUUGAAGAAUUGAAGGCUAUUGCUUUCUACAUUCUUCCUUUCUGUUUUUUAAGCUUAGUUUGGAGGUUCUGCUGGUAUUUCAAUGGCGUUUUGGGGGGCUCAAAACGAGGGACCUUGUUAAAUUAGCCUCUGGGUUUUUCUGGGUUAUUGAGAUAAUUUCUGAGUCAAAUUUUGUUUUUUGGGGUUUCUGUUUUUGGGACGUGAUGGAUGAUGUGAUUAAGAUCUGCUUGAUAGAAGUAAACAGAGUGUAUCUGUCUCCGACUCUCCGUAAAGCAGAGUGCAUUGAAUUUAGGUUCAGGAAGAUUCGUGCUCAUUAAUGGGUUUUCUUUUUAAUUCAGAAGAUUUCUUUUUUAAAUGGGUGGGAUCGGCAUCGCUCUUGUAGAAAUACAAGGUGAUUCACGGGCGUAACACAGAGAGAGAGAGAGAGAGAGAGAGAGAGAGCGUUUCCUUUCCUUCUCUCCUUUUGUGCGCUUUCUGGAGUGUCUUUGCGUGCAUUUUUUUCCCUUGCUCUCCUCUUUUUUCUCUCUUUGUACGUGCUUUAUUUCACGAAGAACCUGAUUCCCUGAACACGAGGAACGAAUUACUUUUCUUUUUUUUUUUUUUUUCUUUCACUCAAUCUCUUAGGUUUGCUUUUUGAGUUUUUGUCUCUGCUCUAUCCCUUCACCUCCUACUGGAGAGAGGGGGGAUCCUUCCCUAGCUUUCAACACUCUAAACUCAGAGAGGGAGAGGGGGAGACAGAGAGUAGCGGAGAGAUAUCUGCCAACUAUAUUGAUUCUCUCUUCUUUGGAACGAAAACCCAAACGCCACUUUUUCGGUUUUCUCCACCCUUACAUUUCGCUCAUAACUAAUAAGUAAAUAAAAAAUAACUCCUCUCUUUAUUCUUCCUGUUGGGUUCAUCUUCGUCAAUCCUUAAACACCGGUUCCUCUAACUUUUCGUUCUUCCCUUCCAUUGAAGAAGCCCAAAUUUGGAGAGAAAGAGAGAGGAAAGAACUGGGUUUGGCUUAUUCGGAUCGGUUCUGAGCCGUCGAAGCCGUUUUCAACAGGUGCAUGUUGUUAGUUUGUGAUAAUUAAGAUGAUAGAAACAGACAAGAGUCGAGACGUGAGGCGUGGAGCGAGUCGGUUCUCGCGACAGAUUAAGCAAUCUGGACAUAAGUUUAUCUCUCCUGGUUCGAACGGUAAAGCAACUUCAAGCAACGGGGACGAUUAUGAAAUGGAUUGCGAAUUAACUGAUAGAGAACAGGCCUUUCCUUCACAAGCUCCUUCUUCUGUCCGUAGUAGUGGUACCAUUAAGAGAUUCAACCUACCCAGAAAGCAAUUUUUUGAUGACUGCAAUGGCGGUGAUCAUAUUUCUGUUCCGCGGAAGCUACGGUCAGCCAUGAAGAAACGCAAUCGAGAAUCUUUAUCUACACCUUUUCCAAAUUCAAAGAAGCUGAACCAUUCUACUAGUGGUGUUAAAUCACCGAAAAGGGUUGGGAUAAAGAAACCGAAACAGAACUUGAAACAAGGGGCCCCAAACUAUUCCCUGAAGCAGAAUGUUGGUGGACCAAUCACAAAAGAUGAGGAAGAAGUUGUGGAGACAUUGUAUGCUUUGGCAGGAAUGUUCCCCAACCUUGACCCUGAUCGUAACAAAUUGGAUAGUGCUUCAUUAGAAGCAAGUUCCUUUGCUUUGCCAGAGGCUAGUGAGAGACAUCAACCCAAAUUAGAUGAUUCUGUAACUAUAAAAGAGGACUUGAACCUAAUUUGCCGAUCAAGAACUGAUGAGGAUGUUAAUCCUGCUUCUGACAUAGAAAGAUCAGCUGAAGAAACUACCAAAGUUUAUUCAUUGAAUGGCCCAAGCACUCAAGAAUUGAAUGGACCAAGCACUCAAGAAUUGAAUGGACCAAGCACUCAAGAACCAUCUGAUUUGAUCAUCGGUGAAAGACUCCAUGGAGAAUUAGACAGUUCUGUUGCUCAAGUGAAUCUGCACGAGGCAAUGGUUAAACUUGAGGAACAAAAGCUGCCUUGCAACUUGGCUAACUUUUGCUUUCCACCUGGACCACAUCAGGAUACUGGUAAACUAAGGCAGCCUGCAAAACUAGAAACUUCGUUUCUUGACAGAAAGACGGAGAUUUCAUUGGCAGAGACUACAACAAUUGGAAAUCAACCAGAUCAACAGCAUGCCCUUGACAAAUCCAAGAACAAUGGUCCAGUGUUGUGGCCAGGAUUGUCUUCGACAGUGUCAAGUAGUGCUUGUCGUGGUCCUUUGUCACAAUCUUGUGCUGCUAAAAUACCUGCUUGGCUUGGUACCAGACCUGGUUCAUUCCAAAAUGGUUCAACUGGAAAGGUUUCUAAAGUUUCAACUGAUAGAAGGUUGUGGAAGAGGUGUGCAGCUCAUGUUUACAUAGGCUGUCUCAUUCAAGCUUUACAAAUGCCUGAGAGCAAAGAAAGCUUGCCAAUGCCUCCUAGUCAACUCAGACCGCAUGAAAUAUUGAAGCAGGGUGUACUUAUGACAAUAAAUGACUUGAGUGGCGUCAGAAAUGAUUCGAAUGGAGUUACAUCUGCUAGCUCAAUAGUUAAUGCAGUUGGGAAGAAUUCAAAUGACUCUAAAAGUGACAUUCUUCAACACCUAAGACCACACCAAAAUCAUUCUCAGACUACUUUGGCAUCUGGUGUAUACACCUGUCAGAAGCAGGCUUUCAAUUUCUUGUCCCUGUCUGGAGGUGGUGGGAUGGAACCUAUUAACAGUUUUAAUGGAACUGGAAAUGGUUUGGAACCAUUUGCACAAGUGCAAAUUCCUUAUUAUGCACAAAACCCCUCCUCGCUCAUGCCUUUCUCUUUGUCACAAACAAGAUUUACACCUGCUUACCCUGAUCAGCCUUCAGUAGCAGCAGCACAACAGGCCAAACUUCAGUUGUCCCCCCAUCUCACCAGCCCAUAUUGUGCGCCUCAUGCAAGUUCCAAGGCCUUGACAAAGCAGCCGCAGCAGCAGCUUUGGGCUGCCCAAUUGGCAGCUCAGUACAGGAAUACUGGAACUUCAACAGCCUUGACUCGAUUUCCAAGCUGGCAAAAAAAUGGAAGGGAAGACUCUCCUGGUCUGAUGCCCUGCAUCCCGCCUUCAACUUCAACACUAGAGGUACUAGGCCCCAAGUAUCCUCAGACCUCUCAGCAGCAGCAGCAGCAGCAAUUCAUGGCCAUCACUAUGUCGCAUGCUAGGAUGAAGAGGCAAGAUCACCUUAUUCCUUCUGUUUGUGAAGAAAAUAGAGUUGGGUUUUGAGCUGGUGGUGUUGUACUGCCGUUGCAAUUACUCUGCAAUGAGCAAAUGUGAAACGGAAUGGGGUCAGAGAGCUAUUACAGUCGGACGAUGGACAGACGGCAAACAUUAUUUCAUUCUUUACUUCUGUCAAGGACUAGGUGCUUUAUUUGGGCAUGGUCGAAAAAGGUAAAUAACGAUCUGAGGUGUAACUGGGAAAUCAAAAUAGCACGGAAAGAAGAGCAAGCUGGGAAACCAGAUGCCUACUGCCAAGGAUGGUUUACAUAGAGAAAUCUGCAGCAUCUUCUUAUGAGCUCAUUUAAAACGGAGUGUUGCCAGAACAUAGAAAUUUGCUUUUGCCCAUACUCCCUUUGAGUAUGAAUACCUUUGUACACAUUCUUAAUCCUCUUCUGCUUAUGUAUGAUUUUUAUCUACUUGUAUUUUACAAGAUCAGCAGUUCGAAAAUAGUUAUUUGAAUUUGAGGGAGAAGGAACAUAAAAAAACAUUGGUCUUUUUUGGACCCAAGAGAACUUAAUUAACAUA